AUGUUAGAUGCUAACAGCUCUGGCAGCCUGCCGCUGGCUGCCAAAGUUUCCUUGGCAUUUUUCAUGUCCCUCCUUGCUUUUGCUAUAAUGCUGGGCAAUGCCGUGGUGAUUUUAGCCUUUGUGGUGGACAAAAAUCUUAGACAUCGAAGUAAUUAUUUUUUUCUUAAUUUGGCUAUUUCAGACUUCUUCGUGGGUAUGAUCUCCAUCCCUCUGUACAUCCCUCACAUGUUGUUUAACUGGAAUUUUGGAAGUGAAAUCUGCAUAUUUUGGCUCAUUAUUGACUAUCUUUUGUGUACAGCAUCUGUCUACAAUAUUGUCCUCAUUAGCUACGAUCGAUACCAGUCAGUUUCAAACGCUGUGUCUUACAGGGCUCAGCACACUGGUAUUGUGAAGAUUGUCACUCUGAUGGUGGCUGUUUGGAUACUGGCUUUCUUGGUAAAUGGCCCGAUGAUUCUGGCUUCACAUUCUUGGAAGAACAGCACUAACACAAGGGAAUGUGAGCCUGGCUUUGUUACAGAGUGGUAUGUCCUUGCCAUUACAUCGUUCUUGGAAUUCCUGGUCCCUGUCAUCUCAGUGGCCUAUUUCAAUGUACAAAUUUACUGGUGCCUGUGGAAGCGCGGGAGUCUCAAUAGGUGCCCCAGCCACGUGGGGUUCGUCUCCACCUCCUCCAGUGACUCUGGACCCUUACCCAGAUCUGGGUUGGUUUCCAGAGCAUCUCUUCCUGCAUUGAAGGAAUCAGCCCCACCCCUUCACUCAGAAAGUCCUAGAAGAAAGAGCAGUCUCCUGGUGUCCUUAAGAACUCACAUGAACAGCAGAAUCAUUGCCUUAAAAGAGGGUUCCUUCUCCCACUCUGAAACCUUGGCGCUUCACCGCAGGGAGCACAUGGAACUGCUCAGGGGCAGGAGACUAGCCAGGUCGCUGGCCAUCCUCCUAACUGUGUUUGCCAUUUGCUGGGCUCCAUAUUGUCUGUUCACAAUUGUUCUUUCAACUUAUCCUGAAGGGAAGCGCCCCAAAUCAGUUUGGUACAGCAUUGCCUUUUGGCUGCAGUGGUUCAAUUCUUUUGUUAACCCAUUUUUGUACCCCUUAUGUCACAGACAUUUCCAGAAAGCUUUCUGGAAAAUAUUUUGUGUGAAAAAGCAACCCACACCAUCACAGAACCAGUCCAUAUCCUCAUGAGUUCAAUGACAUCGCUUUGUCAAUUUCACUCUCUACAUCGUCCAGAUGGACUUGAGCUUCCAUCUUGCUCUGUGUUCUCCAACAAACAGUGCAUAAAAUAUAAUGUUUGAAAGCUUUAGUAAAAACUCUGAACGGGGAGCACCACUCUAGUCAACAACAAUGUGGUGAACAUGACAAGUUCACGGCUGCAGAAGAACCGUUAAUUUCCUCAGUCCUCACCGCCCACCACCUCUUCCCUGUUUUGUGGAUCUCGAUGUAACAGUGACUGUGAAACUCCUGUAUUCUUUCUGUGUUCAGUGUUUUCUCCAGGAGUGUCA